AUGGCAGAUAUCAAACCUCCUUUUACCGAAGAAACCGCUCAAAAAAAGGUCAAGGCUGCGCAGGACCUUUGCAGUACACGAGAUCCAUCCCGCAUGAUCAAUGUGCAGUUUUGGUACGAGUAUCGGGAUGGGGAAGACGGGAUGAAGUGGAAAAGAUGCUAUGGUCUUGAAGAUUGGACUUUCGAAACGGAGGGCGAAGAGGCGGGGAAGAUGAGGAAACGACAGAUGAGUGGGAAUGAUGUUCUUAUUGGGCCUGAUGGCAGCGGAGAAGGGAGAUGGUUCGGAGAUGAGGUGGAGGAUGUUGACGUUAUGAAAAUCGAAGAAGGACAUUGGUAG